CGGGCUGUCUUGGGCCGUGUUCUUUGUUCUCCCUUCUCCCAGUGUCUGUGGAUAAGGGCGCUCCAAAGGGUGUCCGAAGAGGGGAGGGAGCAUGCAAUCCAUUCGCGCGAUGCGUCUCUAAUCUCUCCACGCCCUCACAUCCGGACCUUAGAUAAGAGAGGUACCGCGUUCUUGCCCUCCCAAGAACUCUCUCUUCUCCUUUCUAUGGAACCAUGGUGCUCAUUACGGACAACUCCCAUGAGAAGUGGACGAGUAUAAUGCAUGAAACGAUAUGCCCGAAUGCCUUUUUUCCGAUAAACUGAGAAUACCGAUGAAAAACAGUAGCAAUGACCGAUUUCUUAUUUGGGCUAAAGGUGGUAGAUGCACGAAGCAAUAUGGUGACUUCUUGACCAGCAUACUAGAGCUUCCGUAGAUCAAAGUGCUUAAAGAAGGUCAACUGCAAGCUUCAUGGCAGAAUAUGAUAUGCGGUUGACCUGACUAGACUUUGCAGCUGAGGACCUAGGCAGAAAAAGUAUGAGCCAAGAAGAAACUGUUGAAGGCUUAUCUGCAAAGGAACAAAUUAAAUGUGAUGAGAGUCUACAGCCAAUUUCAAGUUUCUCAUACUCCAAAAUUCAUCCUCGCUGCCCUAUCUGCUUGAGAGGACAUAGUUGCCAAACAGUUCGUACAAGAACAAAACAAAUGGGUACUCUGAUAGAUGAAAAGAAAUCCCAUGAGGCACAGUCCCUAUUUGACUGCCUAAUAGAAGAGGGGCACAAGCCUUCUUUGAUCACAUAUACAACUCUGUUAACUUCUCUGACAAAUCAGAAGCAGUUUGAUUCAAUUACUUCCCUCAUCUCCCAGGUAGAAUGCAAUGGAUUAAAGCCUGACUCAAUAUUCUUCAAUGCUAUUAUUAAUGCAUUUUCAGAAGCUGGCAAGAUUCAAGAAGCUAUCAAAAUCUUCUGGAAGAUGAAGGAAAGUGGAUGUCGACCAACAACCAGCACUUUUAACACUCUCAUUAAAGGGUAUGGUAUUGUGGGUAAGCCUGAAGAAUCACAGAAUCUUUUCCAUAUGAUGUCCCUUGAAGACAAUGCAAGGCCAAGUCAGAAGACAUAUAAUAUACUCAUCAAAGCAUGGUGUGAUCAGCAAAAUCUUACGGAAGCUUGGAAUGUUGUAUAUAAGAUGCGUGCUGCUGGCCUGCAACCGGAUGUUGUCACAUAUAACACUAUCGCAAGAGCUUAUGCCAAAAAUGGAGAUACAAGGAGAGCUGAGGAGCUUAUUUUAGAGAUGCAGGCCAACCAGCACCCUAAUGAACGCACUUGGGCCAUUAUCAUAGGUGGGUAUUGCAAAGAAGGCAAUAUGAAGGAUGCAUUAAGGUGUGUGCAUCAAAUGAAGGACAAUGGGGUGUUACCAAACGUUAUCGUUUUCAACACUUUGAUUAAAGGAUUUCUUGAUGCAGAGGACAUGUCUGGGGUGGAUGAAGUUCUAACAUUGAUGGAAGGACUGGGGGUCAAGCCAGAUAUUGUAACAUAUAGCCACCAAAUGAAUGCCUGGGGUGCAAUGGGGCUCAUGACCAAAUGCAUGGAGAUUUUUGAUCAGAUGGUGGAGGCAGGUGUCAAAGCAGAUGCUCAAGUAUAUAGCAUUCUUGCCAAAGGGUAUGUUCGUGCACGAGUACCUGAGAAAGCUGAGUCCCUUCUGGUGACAAUGGAGGAAAUGGGGAUCCAUCCAAAUGUUGUAACCUUUACGACAAUUAUCAGUGGGUGGUGUGGUACUGCCAACAUGGAGAAUGCUGUGAGAGUCUAUACAAAAAUGCGUGAAUCUGGUGUGUCUCCCAAUAUAAAGACCUUUGACACGCUUAUAUGGGGAUAUGGUGAAGUAAAACAACCAUGGAAAGCAGAAGAAGUGCUUCAGAUGAUGAGAGAAGCAGGAGUCAUGCCCAAAAAGAAUAGCAUCCGCCUUGUGGCUGAAGCCUGGAGAGCUGUUGGCCUGCAAGAUGAGGCCAGCAGAAUAUUGGGUUCUUUAAACAAUCAAGAAGCAAGCUCACAGAAUACGGCUGAUAAUGCAAUGGACAGCAUGGAGGGACUUCAUCAAGGACAAGCUUUAGGUGCAUCAAACUCCAACCUACUUCAGGUGCCGAGUGCCCUUUCCAAUUGUGGACACCUAGCUGGGACCAGUGGGAGCAGAAUGGUGUUGCAAGAUGCUGAGCUUACAUCUGAUAGCCUGAGGGCUGCUACGCAGUUCAUACUAUUUGGUCGGUCAUUUAAAUUUGGAGUCAGGUCCCCAAUUUUUUGCAGGAAGCAGUCCCAGAUGCAGCUUGGGAUCUAUGGGCAGUUUCUCAAUUCAUGCAAGCUGCUAUUCCUGAACUGAAGGAAGGCAGUUUAUGCUAUGCAAAAGCUGAAGAGGCUCUCUAUAGACCCAUUACUGCUAUGUUAGGAUGUCAGACAUUGUCAAGCAGAGGGUUCUGCAUGUCCAGAUCUGUUUUCUUCAUGGCCUGUCAAGCACGUCAAAUUGUAUCAUGUUCUUACAGUGCUGCAUGUGUUAAAAAAAAAAAAAAGAAGAGAAAGUUAUGAAGUUCUCUAUUUUAUAUAUCCAUCAAAUUACCUGGCGUUCUAUACACA